UAUAUAUAUUUUUAUUAAAAUGACGAACCAGACAGCGCGUGUGCUUGGUGUUCUUCUAUAAGGAAUAGCCUCCAUAAUAUUUUGAAUCAAUAAUAAUUAUAACAUAUUAUUUUUGUCAUAUGCGAAUAAACGAAAUAAGUGCAAUUUAAAUCAUUCACAAGAGAUUAAAAGGCUUACUGCAAAUAUUGCAAAACGAAUAACUUUUUAUAAUCAUAAUCUCAAACCUUUUAUUGGAUAUUAAACGAACGAACUUCGCAACAAUUUCAAGAUGACUUGCGGCAUAUCAUGUGUCGAUAAGACACUAAAUAAAUCAUUUUAUCAUCUUGGCAUUUGUAUAGCCAAACAUCCGGGCUACUUUGUCAUUAUACCUGUGAUGUUAACUCUGCUAUGCAUGACAGGUUAUCAACAAUUAAAAUAUCAAAUCGAUCCUGAAUAUCUAUUUUCGCCUAUUAAUGGCGAGGGGAAGGCCGAGCGUGCGGUUGUUGAGCAAUUUUUUAAAGUGAAUUAUACGCAUCGCUUCAAUGUGGGACGCAUUACGAGGCCCGGUCGCUUUGGUCGAGUCAUUGUCAUACCCAAAGAUGGCGAUGAGAAUAUGUUACGUCGCGAGAUCUUUAUGGAACUGAGACAAUUGGAUAAUCUCAUACAGAAUGCGACAACAACCUAUGAUGGUGAUACAUUCACCUACAAGGAUAACUGUGCACGCUGGGAGAAUGAAUGCUUUGAGAAUGAUAUAUUAAACUUGGAUGCAUUAAUGGAUGAUAUCGAAUCGGGUCAACUGAAUCUCACAUUUCCCAUAAUGUUUAAUCCUGUAACUUGGGAUGCCCAUGCAUUUCCCGUAUUCUUUGGAGGCACAAAACUAACCGAGGAUAAUUAUAUUAUAAGUGUGCCAGCCAUACAAUUAGUUUACUUUGUCACUGCCGAUACAAAACGUCAGGAUGCCAAGGGUGCUGAAUGGGAGGAAACCUUUUUGCGUGUGGUGGGCAAGGCGGAAACCACAGGGAUGUUUAAGCACAUUUCAGUAUCGUACUUUGCCUCUCGCACCUUAGACCAUGAGCUGGAGAAAAAUACAAAGACGGUGGUACCUUAUUUCAGUUCCACAUUUCUUCUAAUGGGUUUAUUCAGUAUCAUAACCUGCAUGAUGGGCGAUGCAGUACGCUCGAAACCUUGGCUUGGACUAAUGGGUAAUGUUUCGGCCAUAAUGGCCACAUUGGCUGCCUUCGGUUUGGCCAUGUAUUGUGGUAUUGAGUUUAUUGGCAUUAAUUUGGCAGCGCCUUUUCUCAUGAUUGGUAUUGGCAUCGAUGAUACGUUUGUUAUGUUAGCUGGUUGGCGUCGCACUCCGGCCAAGAUGCCCGUACAGGAGAGAAUGGCUCACAUGAUGUCUGAGGCAGCUGUUUCAAUUACCAUCACAUCGGUCACAGAUUUCAUAUCCUUUCUGAUUGGCAUCAUUAGUCCCUUCCGUUCGGUUAAGAUCUUUUGCACCUAUUCAGUAUUUGCUGUCUGCUUCACCUUCAUCUGGCACAUCACAUUCUUUGCCGCAUGCAUGGCCAUUUCGGGCUACAGGGAACGCAAGAACCUUCAUGCCAUUUUCGGUUGCAAGGUGAAGCCCAUGUCGGUGGCUAUUAAAGAGAAACGCAACUUCCUCUACAAAGCGAUCAUGGCCGGUGGUAUUGAUCAUAACGAUCCGGAUAAUCCCAUUGAUAACAAGGAUCACAUGUUAAUGGCAUUCUUUAAGGACAAACUGGCUGCGGUGAUUAAUAACAAAUGGUGCAAGAUCUUGAUCAUCUUGGCCUUUGCCAGCUAUCUGGCAGGUGCUUGUUAUGGCGUCACACAGAUCAAAGAGGGUCUGGAACGUCGCAAAUUGUCACGGGAGGACUCCUAUUCGGUUGAGUUCUUCGAUCGUGAAGAUGAUUAUUAUCGCGAAUUUCCCUACAGAAUGCAGGUUAUCAUAUCGAGUCCUUUGAAUUACUCUGACCCAUGGGUGCAGGACCAAAUGGAGAAUCUGACGAGAACGUUGGAACAUACCUCGUAUGUUACAUCUUCAUUGUAUACGGAAUCCUGGUUACGUUCAUUCCUCUCGUUCAUGGAUCGCAAUGAUGACUAUCUAAAUAUGACAAUCGAUGACGAACCAUCAUUUAUCGAGGCUGUCAAGGAACACUGGCUCUUCCCCGGCAAUCCCUUCUCCCUGGACGUGCGUCUAAAUGAGGAAGAAACACAGAUUAUCGCCUCGAGAUUUCUUAUACAGGCUGUCAAUAUUACGGAUACAAAUCAUGAAAAGGAAAUGGUUCGAGAUCUGCGAAAAAUAUGCAAGGACUCACCACUGAAUGCCUCCAUCUUCCAUCCCUACUUUGUGUUCUUUGAUCAGUUCGAAUUGGUUCGUCCUGUUUCACUCCAGGCUAUGGUUAUUGGUGCCAUUAUCAUGAUGAUCAUCUCGUUUAUAUUUAUACCCAACAUACUCUGCUCACUUUGGGUUGCCUUUUCGGUUAUAUCCAUUGAAUUGGGCGUGGCAGGCUAUAUGGCACUGUGGGAUGUCAAUCUCGACUCUAUAUCGAUGAUAAAUCUGAUUAUGUGCAUUGGAUUCUCAGUGGACUUUACCGCACACAUUUGCUACACAUAUAUGUCCUCAAAGAAGCGUAGUCCCAAGGCACGAGUUCGAGAGGCACUACACUCGUUGGGUCUGCCCAUUGUACAGGGUUCCAGCUCGACAAUAUUGGGCAUCAUUGCCUUGUUGCUGGCACAGAGCUACAUAUUCUUGGUGUUCUUCAAAAUGGUCUUUCUGGUCAUCUUCUUUGGCGCCAUGCAUGGACUCUUCCUAUUGCCCGUGUUGCUGUCGCUUUUUGGACCUGGUUCAUGGCAAACUUGGACGGGUCGUGAUGAUGGUAGCGAUGCAGAAUUUGAUGACAGUGUGGACAAUAUGAAACUGGGCCAUGUGAUGGAGAAACCCUUUGCUCAGUCGUAUUAUAUGCAGUAUCCUAGCAUGGGAUUAAAUGGACCUUAUGCCUAUGGCUCCAAGGGUUUCCUAGGUGCGCCCUAUAAGGCCUAUGGUGUCGAUGAGAAGGAUCAGGGCCUGGGUACCUCGGGUGAGGACUCUUCGGAAAGCAGCUCCAGUCGCUCCCAGCGACGUCAACAGCUCGCAGCCAAUGCUCCUGUGCCGGAGGAAGAUGCCGCCCAAUUGCGACGUCGCUAUGAGGAUGGCUGGCGUCGUUCUAGCUAUCAGAAUAUCUACGGAAAUGGAAAUGGCAGUGGCGGUGCACAGUUCCAGGCACAGCCCGAUCUCUAUGGCCAGCAAGUGUCUGCCGCCGAGUGGCGACAACGUUUGGAUGCCCACGAGCAACAGCAUCGCAGUGGGAAGCAGCGACGCAGUGAGGUCCACGAUAACUAUGACAGAGAUAUGCAGAGAGCACGUCGUAACUCCCAUGGCGAUAUCAUUGAUAUACACACGCCCACGCCCAACUCUUCGCUGGAUGAGAGAAUGAGAAGGCAAUAUCAGCAGGCAAUAAGUGCGGGCAGUGGCGAUGAUAGCAGCUAUCAUCGAGUGCAGCCCGAAUCGAGUCCAGCUCCAUUGGCCAACAGCUCUGCCAAGCGGUAUCAUCGUCGCAGAUCCUCUGAGGACUCGACGCGUUAUCACCAACGUUGGCCGGCGAACAUCGAGGAGCGUCGUGCUCGACGAGCUCAUUCGCCCAGCCAGCAGCGACACUCGCAAUCGCAUUCCUAUUCAGAGACUGCCGCCGUUGCCGACAACUUCGCCCGUCGCUCCUCCUCGCAUCAUAAUCUCUACCAGCCGAGCGGUAAAGUGACGCAUCAGCCGCCCACUUAUCAGUAUGGAGAUUAUUAACACCCGGUAACAAGUAAAGAAAUGCAAUGAGGAAGUCAUCAACUAACAGGGACAAUCAGGCGACUACUUCCUAUUAAAUGCAAAAAAAAGCUAAUUAAGUCUAGUUUUAAUAAUUUUGCCUAGGCGAUCUAUAAAUAAUUACAUAUUUAUCUAAAGCUCAAGCUUUUUCGACUAUAUUUAAUUUGUAAUGCCGUGAAAUCUCUUCCACUCUCAUUUAUUUAAAGUUCCAUUCAAGUUUACUACUUUCAGGUCCGUCCAACAGCUUCUUAUUUACUAUGGUUUCUGUUCAAAUUAAGCGAUCUGGCAACUCCGCAUAUAUCUUAUGUGUGCGUUAAGUUGGCUGCGCCUGACUGUCCGUGUAUUAGCUCGUUUCAUAAAUGAUUUCAUGGCAUAAACUCAAAAAUUAACUCUAUUUUCGGCUUGCCCCUUUAUAAAAUGUUUCAGACUUCUGUAGUUUUUAUCAGUUAUUGCAAAUAUUUACUUCGAUAAUAAAGAUUCGAAUUUUCAAUUUUUUAGUGAUGCUAAUUUAGAAGUUUUUGAAAUAUUUUUGCAUUUUAGUUUGAAGAAAAACCGUUUUCGAGAAGCCUUACACUCGUACACAAUGUAUGCAUUUCAUGAAAGGCAAACUCAAGUCACAUAUCUUAAGUUUUCACAUUUAGUUUAUAUAAAUUUCAGUCACACUUUUAUCAGUGUUUAUUUAAAUUAAAUUUUAGCUAUGUUUAACUAAAUGUGUGGGCCUUGUGGUCCAUUUAAAAAUAUUUUGUAUAGUGCUAGUAACAAAAAUAUAAAUACUAAUAGCUAUAAAUAAACUGAAUAAAUAUUUAACUACUCAUGUUAAGAGCUGCACUCAUCCCACAUUCUAGACUAAAAUUAAGACUAGACUAAUGUGCAGUUUUAGCAAUGUACACGUAAGUUUAAGGGACACAAGUUUGUAGCGUGUUAACGAUUUUUGCUAUUGAAUAAAUAUUUUAUAUUUUCCUAGAAACAA